GAAGCUGUCUCUGGGAAGACAAGGCUUAAAGUGUUCGAGGGUGCUGACAGACCAAAAGCAGAACAGAGUGAGCAGUCAUGGAGUGUGGAAGAAGGGGGACCCUGUACUGGCGUGCGCACUCAGGGGUACCGGCCCUGGCCAUGCUGCUCAUCGCCCUGAUGCUCGGGGUGUGGGUUACCCAGGCUCUGGAGAUGUCAGUGGGGAAGGUGCCAUUCCUUGUGGCAGUAAAUGGUAGUACUGUGUUGCUGCCAUGCACCUACGCUAGCUGCAUCGGGAUCAAGAACCUCUACUUCAGAUGGCAGUACAAUGACAAUGGCACCAUGUACACGUUGUGUGACUCGGUGAUCCCGGAAGAUGGUGUGGAUCCACAGGUGACCAUUUGGAGGGAACGUGUGGAGUUUGUUGGAAAAAAAAAUAACGUCUCCAUCUUACUGUGGAACAUCACCUUUGAGGACGCGGGCCAGUACACCUGCUAUGGGCGCAACCCCAAAGAAAAGGGCAGAAACCACAGCGCAAUCUUCACCCUCGAAGUGGUGGAUGAGUUGAAGGUGGUUGAUAACACGCUGACCGUCAUUAUCGCAUCAGCUGUAGGUGGGGUCAUCGGGCUGUUUGUGACCUUCAUGCUGCUGAAGAACUUGACCCUCUUUAUCAUCAGCAAAAUUGAAGAGAAGAAUAAAGAGUGCCUGGUUAGCUCCUCGGGGAUUGAUAACACAGAAAACGGCCUCUCAGGAUCAAAAGCAGACUCUAAACCAACACCAAAGAAGGCAUGAAAACAUGCAUGUGUGUAUCUGUAUAUAUGUGCACACACACAUGCACACACAUAUGCAAAUAUAUAUGCUGAACUAAUAUUUGAAAAGAUAUGCUUUUUCUUUACCUAAAAAACAUAAAUGAUAACUACAUUGACUGGUAAACAUGCAAUAUAAUGUGUAUCCUCUGGGCUGGGCCAAAGCAGGACAUACCCCGACAGUAGCACUCUAAAUAUGAAGCCUCCGUCACCAAAACAUAGAACUCAUAUUUAGUUUCAUUCUUAGCAGAACUAUUCUAUUUCUUUCUAAAUGUAUUAGUGAAAUUCCAAUAGUUCAUAUUUCAUAUGUAUUCGUAUAAGUCACACAAGUUAUAUUUUUAACAAAAUAUGCUUUCAAGUGGGUUAGUUUAAGAUUUUAAGUGAAUAAUAAUAAUAAUACAUAUACAUUUAGCAAACUUUAAAUAUGACACAUAGUGUUUGCAAGCAUGGGUGCAAGAUAGAAUCUACAGUACUAUUGUAUAACCAAUAUAGAUAAUUGCAAUUCAAAGAUUUAAUGGAGCCCCCUUUAAAAUGCUGAUUUUGUUUGAAAUCUUUAAUUGUCAUGACUAACCUUUGUAGCAACAGCAAACCAAAAAUAAACAAUCAUCAAACACAUUUUUUAUGAAAAAAAAACUUAUGAUAUAAAUUAUUAGUAAUCUUUGUAGGUUACUAGUUACAUAAUUAUUUAGUCCAUAAUGUAUAUAAGUAUAUACUUAUUUAGUAUUAAUAGACAGUAUGAACAUAAACUCACAAUUCACAAUGCUGUGUUCCAAUAUUCAUAGUGAGGCAAAUGAGCUUUUCUCCCUGUAAUUUAAACAAACCUAUUGGCUAUACAGUACUGUGCAAAAGUCUUAUGCUAGCUAGAUUUUUCGAAACAUAAAUUUGGUCUUAGAUGUUUAUUUUUUGUUAUCUGUAUUCAUGUGUCAAUAGAAAUGUGCAAAUUUGGAUUUACAAAAAAUUAAGAUACAAGAUAUUGUAUGUUAUUUUUGUAUUUUGUUAAAUAAAGUAAUACAUAUGAAGUAAUAGACCGCUUCUCAGAUUAACAACUGAUUGAGACGGAUUACCAGCAGAGCCAAAAGCUAGUGAGAGGCAAAAGUCUACAGAAGAACUGUAGCAAGUUCUCCAAUAUGUUUGGAACAACCAACCGGCCAAUGUUUUUAUAAAACUGCAGGACUGAUGCACUUUUUAAAGGCAAAGUUUGAUCACAUUAAAGAAUGAUUUGAUUUUGUUUGUUAAAUCUUUAGUUUAGUACUGUUUACUGCUUUGUAACUGUUCUUCGUAAAUUUUUGAUAUUUAGAAACUUUUCAUUUCAUUAUUUUUGAAAGCAUCUUCAAUUUAUGGAAUUCUAUGUGCCUAAGACUUUUGCAGCAUACUGCAUGUGAUUUUUUAAAUUUAAAUUGUUGAAAUGUUAUGAUUUAACUAGACCUUAAUUAAAUAUAUUAGAAUAAUAUGAAAAGUGAUAUAUAUAAUAGUGGUCAAACAUGCAAGCAUAAGUAUUAUAGCCAGAAGAUUUGGUUUAAAUUAUGGAAAAACUGUUUGAAGAAACCACAUUUUUAGACCUAUUUACAACAAUUAUUGCUAAACAAUCUUAUAUAGUAAACAUGAACUAUAAACAUUGUUGCUAUAGACCUAUAAAAAUGACUUAAGAAUAAAGCACCUUAAGUAUCUAUCAUUUCCAGCAUUAGUACCAAUUUACAAUAAAAUAUUAAUUGUUGACUAUUACAUUAGCAAUGUAUUGACUAUUUCAAAUAAACCAUUUGCAAUCAAUGUACCUUAGAAAGCUAAUCAUCUGGCAUGAUACUGUCAAACUUUCUAAAGCACUUUGCUGAUGCUGGCACCUGUCAUCAAGGUUCAGUGCUCAUAGUCCUACUUUACUAAAGCAAUUUCUGGGCAUUAAAUUGAACUUAUGUCAAAUGUAGCAUAUAAAAGACAAGCUGAAAUUAAAAUGAACUUUUUCCUCAGUUUAGUCAAUUCUAUUGAACACAUUUUCAAGUAUAGACAGUAUUCCAUAACAUUUAUAAAAUUGUAGUAAUUUUCACGCCAAAGCUUUUUUCCAUCCAUUUGAAUUUAGAUUUUACGUCAUCAUGCACCAGUGGGUGUGUAUGUCCUUUUUUACACAGCAGCAGGCAUCCUCAUUUGAUGUCUCCAUCCUCAAGUCAGUCAAAUCAACUCCCCACCCUUCAAAAAUUGCCCCUGAAAGAUUUGUUUCACAUGCGUAUACAUCAUAUUGAGGAAGCUAGUGCUGCUCUAACUUCCCUUUCAGCUUUUGGUGCAUACAGGCUAUGCAUGAAAUCAGCUCAGGUUAACUGUACACAAGCAUUGUAAUGUUUGCUAAUUCCAAUAUGGGGGCAGACAUAAUAUUUAGGUUUUCUGCAAUACUCAACACUUGAAUGUACUGUGACACAGGCAAUGCUAAUAUGCCACUACCAAAACAAAUGCAAUUUUAUUACAUUUAUUGCUUUCUAUGGCUGCACUUUAAAUUGCUGCAUGAACAACAAUGAACAACUUAGCCUUAUAAUGGCCUGCUUUACUGGCACCAUACUGGCAAUAAUGCAAAGAUGCACAGCUGGCCAAGAAAGAGCAAAGUAGCCUUUUGUACCAAUUACUUUUGCACCAUACAAUGAAGGGACUACGUGAUAGUUUUACUAAGCCUUUUGCAACUAGAUUCAGGCGCAGAUAUGACUAAUUCUACCAGAAACAUGUGUCCAACAGGCGCGUGGGGCUAGAAGUGCAGUAUGCCUGUCAUCCACAUGAGUCAUUGCAAGAUGCAAUUCUCUCCUUAAUGCAUGCGAUUACUAUUAAUCCCAUGAAUUAAAGAGGGAUGAGUUAUGGGGGGUUCACGGAAAUAAUGGGUUGACAUACUGUAAUUGUGGCUCAUUAUGAAUCUGAAUUUACUAAAGUUGACGCAAUCAACAAGAAUACAUUUAUGGCUGUUUUCUCUGACACAGGCAAUGAGUGAUUCACUGAGAGAAUCUAUGCAACACUGUUUCAACUACCCUAGCAAAGAAUCUUUAAAUGGCACAGAUUAAGCAACCAAACAAUAAUUAAGGAUGGGUGUUUAUCGCCAAAAAUAUUUGCUAAAGUCACAAAGGUGCAUUUCCCGAUAACGUUGGAUCAUUGGAUAACGAGUGUGUUAACAAUGUUCUUAAUCAAAAACCAUUCUCUUGUUAUGUGGGUUUCCUUAACAGAUUCGUUAAAAAGACUCUUAAAAGGAAUUUAACAACAAACUUCAUUGCAGGGCACGUUCCAGCUAAAGGCUGAGUAGUUGAUCAAUCUAUGUCGAGUUUCCAAGUCACAUGUUUCUUAGCCAAACAACACUGAAAAAUAAAGUGCUCAGAAUGUGAGGACAUAUUGGAUUAUCAUUAAACGAUUACCAUUUUAAUUCUGAAUGUCUUUUUGAACUAAAUAUAAUACCUACUAAAUUCAAACUGAUAUUAGAUUAAUAGAUUCCACAAAUAAUAGACAGAAUAAUUACAGAAAAAAUAUUACCCACCCUAAGCAUCAUCUGUGCUCUAGUGGUUUAAAAUGAACACUGAUUACUAUGUUCAGUCUCAUGACCUUGCUGCGUCCUAUAUGUAUUUUUAUGCACGUUUGGUUAAGGAUUUUCUGGAUUACAGCCAAGAUCAUUUUGCCAAUUCACCACACUUACUACACUUUAUUGGAACAUUAAACCAUUUAACCAUUUGCAUAUUAAUGGAAUUGAAUUGGACUAAAAGUAGUGAAGUUAUCAAUGGGACAUUAUUGAUUUAAUGUAAUAACUGUCAUUCCAAAUCAUAGGCUGUUCAGGUAGUUAUGUGUAGGCUUUACAUUUUAUAUUGUUAUACUUACUCUCAAUAUAGCCUAAUGUGAAAAAGAAUAGACUAUGAGGCGAUUCAUCUUUUCAGUCUAAUGUAGGCUGUGAUAAUAAGCAUGAACAGAAAGUGUGCUCUGCAAGAGGUAUCUUAAAGAGGUUAUUUUCUGUGAAUGAAUGAUCUUGAUCUCUCGUAACAAGGGAACUAAAGAUACACUUUUGUUACAAAUGUGUUCAGGAAACCCACAUAAUUUUAGGAGUGAUCGUUUCUGAGUGUUAAUAGGCUUUCGGGAAACCCACCCCUGACCAGUUGCGCCAAAGUUGUUAGAAAUCACAGAAAAUUGAAAAAUAGGCACACAUCACAAAUGAUUUUUACAAAAUUAUUUAUUGAAUUAACUAAUAUAGAUCUCAUGCACAGCAGUGGAAAAUGAAAAUGAAAAAUCAGUGUUAUCGCUAGUACAAAAAAUCUGAGUCAAUGAAAUGCAAUGAUAUGGUGCUUUUAAUCAUUUUUGCUAAAAGAGCAUGUUGUUUUGCGGG